CUCACCAUACCGGCUUCCCGAAUGCUCUCUGCAUGAAGUAACAAUGGACACAGCCCAUUACCAGACGUAUGCAGCGGGGCAUUUGGCGAAAGUAACUCCUGUUCAUCUCGUUGGUCACUUAUAUGUUUUGCUUCUCUGCCGCUCUCAUGAACGCCUCGCACAUCCAGCUCGCCCAGUCUUUCGUUCAGUCCUAGUGACUUACAUUCUUUUUGCCGCGCCGAAGUCGCAUUUCUGUUUCUUCUGAUCUUGAUUGAUCAAUUACGUUCUCUACUGGCUGGCCACGAUGAAGUCAAUCAUUCCUUCUGUUGCAGGUUUCACUAUAUUCAUUUCUUUACUAGCGCACACGCAAGCCGCUUCCAAUACUACGGGUGGCCCAUCAUGCGGGGUUUCUAAGGCAGACGAUAGCUACUUCAGCGUUGUAGGAGUUCAAGGAACUGGUGUACACCCAAGGCAGGAACUGCGUGAGCUUGAGAAGGACACUGAAACGUGGAAUAUCUUCUUACAGGCCUUCGCGCGGUUCCAGGCCAUGGAUCAAGGCGAGAAGGUGUCUUACUAUAAAAUCGCAGGGAUACAUGGAGUCCCAUUCGGGCAAUGGGACGGCGUUACGGGUGUGGAAGGCCAAGAAAUGAUGGGCUACUGCCCUCACGCGAGUAACAUGUUUGGUUCCUGGCAUAGACCAUAUCUUGCUCUCUUUGAGCAAAUCCUUCAUGACCGCGCUAUCGAGAUUGCGAAAGAGUAUCCGACUGGAGAGGCUCAAGAUAAAGCUAUGGACGCGGCUGACAGAGUGCGCCUGCCGUACUGGGACUGGGCUAUGAAUCCGCCUAACAGCGAUGAAGGAUGCAUGCCCGCUAGUCUGCGUCGCCCGACAGCUACUGUUGCAUUUCCGAACGGGACCACCGGUAACAUUGCCAAUCCUUUGUACCGUUACGAUUUCCAUCCACUGAACUACGAUGACUUUGCACCUCUGAGUGAGUUCCAAUUCAAGAACUGGAACCACACGAUGCGAUUUCCACUUGAUAGCUUUGCUCUCAACGCCACCAGCCGCAACGAUGCAGCAAACGAUCGCAUUGGAAGACAGCAGCCGAACAACCGUGACAUGCUUUACAAGCUGCUAACAAUGUAUCAACCGUUUAAUCAGGUCAGCAACAAAGCCAAUGGUGGUAUCAUCGGAAACUUCGAAACACUUCACGAUGGCCUUCACAACGCUUUCGGACUUGGUCACAUGGGUAUUGUCGAAGUUUCUGCAUUCGAUCCCGUGUUCUGGUUCCAUCACGCAAAUAUGGAUCGUCUCAUCGCUCUGUAUCAGUACCGAUACCCAGAUACUUGGAUCGAAGACGCGGCACAGGUUAAAGGCACUUUCAAGGUUACCAAGGGUGCCAUUGAAGGUCCUGCGUCACCGCUGGCUCCAUUCCACAUGAAUGCUCUCGGUGACAUGUGGACAUCGACCACUUCCCGUAACUGGACGUCGUUUGGCUAUACCUACCCCGAGCUCAUGACAAACCCCUCGAACCAAACCCUUACCUCAACCCUUAACAGACUCUACAAACCGGCGACUCAAGGCUUGAAUAACACAAUCUCGACGCCAGGCGACAGCGCUGGUAACAACAGCACUGCGACCACCACAACCAAGGCAAUAGACUGGUUGUGUGAAGUCAAAAUGCCUACAGAUAUACAAAUAUCUUACUCCGUUCGUGCCUUUCUGGGAGAACCUGAUGCCGAUCCCAAGAACUGGCCUACAGACCCCAAUUACGUCGGUCAACUUGCCUCCAUGUCUUCUCCUCGCAUGAACUCCGACGUGAUCGUUACGGGCAACAUCGUGCUCACGGAGAGGUUGGCACAGAAGCAUCAGGCAGGAGAGCUGAAAAGCUUGAGUAAGGAAGAUGUUGCUGCCUACCUCAAAGCUAAUUUCAGCUGGCGCAUCCAAGCCUUGGAUUACAGCGAGAUACCUCGCAACAAUCCACCUGCUGGUCUCAACGUUGCCGUAUUCAACGUCGCAGUCUCGAUUCCCGAGUCUGACGAUGAAGUCCCCACUUGGGAUGGUGAACUUGAAUACAACCCUGAUAUCAAGGGUAAUCCGCCAGUGUACAACGGUCUUGGCCCUGGUGGUACCAACUCCACCACUCCUGCCGAUGAUGUCGCCGGUCACUUCGACUCCUCAUCCGGCCAGUGGGUGUGGAAUAACGCCACAGAAAAUGCCGCCGGUCAAGCUGGUGGUCAAGGUGGAACUAAGGUUAUGCAUGAGACGGAAGUGGUCACGCAGUACAUUACUGUGGGCGCUGACGUGACUCCAACGCCAGAAGUAAAGCCUUCGACUACCACUGCUCCUGCACUUACCGAGGAAGCUUCUUUUACUCCAGUGAAUGUUGGUACUCGGACCAAGUUCAUGACCUCAGUGAUCAUCGAGUAUGCAACGGUCUUGCCGGGCAAAAGCUAGGCUUCAGAUCAACACUCUUUCCUUUCAAGUUCCUUUCGCGUACAGGUUUCUGUCGCUCGUUUACGCUCAUUCAUUUUCACGAGUGGUCAGUUUGCGGAAGUAUGGUUAGAUUUGAUGUGAGGUCGGUUCGGCGCUGAAAUCCUAGACCUCCUAUUGAAGAAAAUACGGAAAUCAAAGAUAUCUAGAACUGGCCGUAACGGAAGAAUCUGGACAUAAAUUGCACGUCCUUAUCUCUCAUGCA